AAUGGAUGAUUUUAAACAUAGCGGAUUCACUCAUCGCGUAUAUACAUUUGAUGCCAGUAGCGCUGAGCUUGUGACGUUCAGGGUCAGGUGACGUCCUCUCAAGCUCACGUGAUUUCAUAUUUUCGGAUUUGUCCUCGAUUUGCUUGGGAUUGAGGACAAUUUUACGAAAAACUGGCUGGUUCCGUCAUGGUGUAUUUUGGGAAGAAAUCGAUGAGACUUGUUAAAAUUAGCUUAAUUUAAUUUGGCCAGCAUCUGGCAUCCCAGAGGCGACAAAGAAGCGACAAAACCGCCGCCUGCUCUAUGUUGUGAGGCCAACGCACACGCUUCCAAAUGGGUCCUGACGGCAAGAAGUUGAUCAACGUCAUCGUCCUGGGCGUGGCCUUCAUGUUCAUCUUCACCGCCUUCCAGACGUGCGGCAACAUCGAGCAAACGGUCAUCAAGAGCUUCAACAGCAGCACCUUCCAUGGCAGUGGAUACACCAGCAUGGCGGUGAUCUACGGCGUGUUCUCGGGGUGCAAUCUGCUGGCGCCGUCGGUGGUGGCGGUCAUGGGUGCGCAGCUAUCCAUGUUCUUCAGCGGCCUGCUGUACAGCGCCUACAUCGCCGUCUUCGUCUACCCGUACACGUGGAGCUUCUACGCCGCCUCGGUGCUGGUGGGCAUCGGCGCCGCCGUGCUGUGGACGGCGCAGGGCAACGUGCUGGCGCUCAACUCGGACACGCGUACCAUCGGCAGGAACAGCGGCGUCUUUUGGGCGCUGCUGCAGUUCAGCUUACUGUUUGGAAACUUGUUCAUCUUCUUGGCCUGGCGCGGACACGAGCACAUCUCAGACAAGGACCGGCAGACGGUGUUCAUCUCCCUGACGGUCAUCAGCCUGGUGGGCUGCUUCCUCUUCUUUCUCAUCCGGAAGCCCGACCCCGAAGUGGCGCCUGGCGACGAAUCGGAGGCCCUGCUGCCCUCCGACUCGGGCGAGAGUACAUCUGGCUCGUCUUUCUCGCACGUCUGCUCGCAAGCCCUGGACGCUUUUGUGCGGGUGUGCAAGAUGCUGGUGACCAAGGAGAUGUUGCUGCUCAGCUUGUCCAUCGCGUACACAGGCGUGGAGCUCACCUUCUACAGCGGUGUGUACGGCACGUGCAUCGGCGCCAUGACGGGCUUGGGAGCGGACGCCAAGAGCUUGAUGGGGCUGUCGGGCAUCUGCGUGGGCCUGGGCGAGAUCCUGGGCGGGGGCGCCUUUGGCGCGCUCACCAAGGGCGGCGGCCGCGUUGGCCGCAAUCCCGUGGUGCUGCUCGGCCUGUUGUCGCACUACGUGGCCUUCUACCUCAUCUUCAUCAACAUUGCCGACGACGCUCCUCUGGCGCCCGAAGAAGGAACCCAGCUCAUCGCCUACAUACGGCCUAGUGUGGGCGUGGCGCUGCUGUGCAGCUUCCUUUUGGGCUUGGGCGACAGCUGCUUCAACACACAGCUACUCAGCAUCAUCGGUUUCACCUUCCGCAACAACAGUGCCCCCGCCUUCGCCGCCUUCAAGUUCAUUCAGUCCAUCCUGGCAGCGGUGGCCUUUUUCUACAGCAACUUCCUUCUGCUGCACUGGCAGCUCGUCAUCAUGGUCGUGUUGGGAUUCGCCGGAUCACUCACCUUCUUUGUUGCCGAGUGGCGGGCACAGGCAGGCGGCGUUGACGGGAUCUGAUGAAGAUAAAGACCCGCUUCACACAUUUACACCGCCACACAAUUUGCACGUUCACUUUUAACAACACAGCGAGGCAUGAUGGAAAGUGCCGCUGGUUGCUGGCUUAAGUUUUAUUUUUUUACCGCAAUGUUGACCACCAAGAAGGGAAAACGGAGACGAACUAAUGAUGUCAAAAGUUGAAAUAAAGUUUGAAAGAGCAAUA